AUGGCGUCCCUACAGCCAGGACAGCAGCACCUGUGCGCUGCAGAGCACGAAGAUAUGCCAGACAAAUGUCUUCUUAUGAAAAACUCGCAAGUUCCCGAUGAGGAAGUUCAAGAGUUGAUUCCGCUCCGUGACGGUGAGAUACUCAUGAUUGGGCGUGACCCAGGCUCGGACUGGUGUGUCAAAGAUGACCUCGACUUCUUGGUUUCACGAAAGCACUGCGAAUUUUACGUUGUCAAAUAUGACCAGUCCAGCAGUCUCGUCUACGUGCGCGACCGCAAUUCACGCAACGGAACCUACGUCAACCGCAUCCAGAUCGGCAAGACCACUGGCCCUUCUCCCGGAUACCUUUUGAAACACGGCGAUGUGAUCAACAUCCUGCCCUACUGGUCCUUUACGUUCUGCGACAAGCAGCCCCAGAAGUGCCACGCUCUUACCGAGAUUCAGCAAGCCGAGUGCAAGUUGUUUGACGACAAAUAUGUGAUCUCACAGCGUUGUCUUGGUCAAGGCGCCGACGGAGUCGUUUACCUCGCAACGGAAAGCGAAACGAAGAAGCAAGUGGUUUGUAAAGUGGUGUCUUUAAAGCCGGCUCGGAACAACAAGAACCAAGCGGACCUGCGGCGCAAACUGCAGGAAGCCGACGUGCUUCGACAGCUUCAGCACCCAAACAUCGUCCCAUUUGUCGAUGCCAUCGUUUCGCCUCAUUCCCUGUACACCUUCACUGAACUUGCGACGGGCGGAGAUCUGUGGUCUUUCAUCUAUCGUCACGGCAAGGAGAAACCCCUUGGCGAGUACGAAACGCGAGUCAUCACUCGACAGGUGGUUCGCGGUUUGCAGUAUCUCCACAGAAAGGGCGUCGUGCACCGCGACCUGAAGCCAGAGAACAUUCUGCUGGCCUAUUCUCCCAGAAUCAACUGCCAUCGUGUCAUGCUCUCAGACUUUGGAGCAUGUGCAGUUCCCAAUCGGAGCAGAAUGGUCACCCGUGCUGGCACGCCAAACUACCAGGCGCCGGAGAUUCGCGCUGGGGCUCAGUCGCAGACAGCCGCCGUCGACAUUUGGUCGCUGGGCAUAAUCGUGCACAUGAUGCUCUCACACAACCCGGAUUGUUGCGAAGCCAGCGAAGUUGAUGAACCGGAUCAAGAGAAUUGCGACGAGCUCCAGGUUGGCGAAGCUCUUGGAAAGGGCAAAUUCUCUCGUAAUUGUGAACAUUUCGUGUGGCGCUGUCUCCAGGUAUUGCCCUCGGAUCGCAUGACCGCCAGGGAGGCGAAGUGCCACGACUGGCUCUGCAAACCUGAGAGGCUUUGCGAAAGGUUUCGAGAACUGGACCGAAGAACCAUGGCUGACUGGAAACCACCGACACAGCUCAGGCCCAUGCCGAUGGAGCUGCCAAAUGUGCUUACGGCUGUCGGCGCCUAUUACGAAAACAACAGAUCAACGGGCGCGAGUGACUGUCUCCAUCCCUCUGACGACUCUGAAGUGGUGGAAGAGCCGUCUCAGUAUUUUCAACCGAAAGUGUGGUCGCCUACAAAGGGCCAAGCCGAGCCGGAUCGUGACGUUGAAACGAUUGAUUUCCCCGCGGAGUCUCGAAUGAACAGUCUACUGACAGAGACGACCCCCAUUGACAUGAUCAACGGCUCCCCAGAGGGAUUUCCUGAUGACGCAGUCUCCCCAUUCGCACAGGCGGCAGUCAAGUCGACGGCCAUGCGCGUGGCUGCGCGAAAGGUGAGGAUACAGGAUGCUUCACGCCUGCCGGUGCCAAGCUGGAAAAGGAGGCUCCUUGCUGGUGACACCACGAGCGCUAAACGACACCAGAAAGAGCAAGUGCCCGAGAUGGUGGAAUGCGGAGAGGCCAAGUCAUCGUCCUUUGGCGUAGCGACGACCAACGUGGCGACUCUUGCUGUGAACGAUGCCACUCGUGGGCCAGCGCACGAUGAGCUCGCAUCGUCGACUAGCGUCAACACACCAGCGCUCGUUUCGCACUGA